UAUUAGGACGACUUGGAGGAAAUGCCACUGAAGCACCAAAGCAUUAUUAAAGCGCGCGCAAGCUCUCACACUCUCUCCAAACCCAUAGGCCAAAGCCCUAACCCAGCAGACAAAAUUCUUCCUUCCUCUCUGUUAGCAUCGUAGUCAAUACGGUGAUUCGUGAUUCGGGGUAUCCAUGGAAGGAGGGACAAGAGAAAGCUCGGUGGUACCAGCCUCGGUCUUGGACUCUGUGAACCGUACCUUGGCCAACGUAGGAGAAGUCGAGCCCCACUUGCUCCAGUUCUUGUCUCUGUCCGACCCGGAUGUCCUCUCCCAGAUGCCGCCUCUACAACGUGCUCAGUCUCUGCUCUUACUCGCUAGAACCACCUCAACCCUCUUUACAUUGAGGGUGAGGUGCUCUGGGGUUCACCCAGAUGACCAUCCAGUCAAAUCAGAGCUUGAAAGAUUAAGCUUGUAUCAGGACAAACUAGAGAGGUUCAUAGACUUGAGUAAAGCACCACUUCGACCAUCUACUACCUUGAAUUAUCAGGCUGCAACGCGUUUUAUUGAGCAUUCUUUGCCUGACCUGACUCCAGACCAGAAGCAAAGUAUGAGAAAUAUUAGUAGAGGAGAGGGCCCAAAGAUGAAGUAUCUAGAGAGCAGUGUCCAAAAGAAGCGGAAGUAUCAAUCAUCUGAAAAACAAUCGGUCCAAACAGCUGCCAAGGAAUUUCUUGAGAAGGCAGCCCGUGAACUUCUUGGUGAUAAUAAAGGUGGUUUUAGGGGGCCUCUACAGGCCGAAGCUUCGGAAGAAGAAGAUGCACCUAUGGGCUGAGUUUCCUGAUUUACUCAGGAUUGCAGGACCAGAUCGCUCAUAUCUGUAAUUGUCUUCAAGCGAGUGUUUAUUUCAAUUUUUAGUUGCUCGUCUUCUUCUUUAAGUAGUAUUCUGCUUUCCAAAUAUUCAAUUUCCCGAUCUCUCUGUCUACCUACCCGUGCCGAUAGUUCAUUUUGAGACAAAGUUCACAAUAUUUGAGUUUUGGUUGUGCUGUUUGACGUUGUCAUCAAUACCCAAUUUUAAAUUAGAUCCAGUGGAAAGAAACGGUAUUCAUCAUAUUUUUUAACUAUGUCAUAUUCUUUCAUCGUCAAUAUCAGUUUUCUAGUGAAUGUAGCCAACAAGCAGGCCCAACACAACAAGAAAGGUCCUUUCUUUGAUUCCCACAUCUAAUUUUGCCGAGAUGCAGCACACCUCUGGUUCAAAGCUUGAGGGAUUUUACUUCUAAGCAACCAUAAUCGGUUGUGGGUGACCGUUGAUGGAUAUGAUGAAUGCUUUUUUCUCAAGGACCAUGGAUUCUUGAAGUUAUAAGGUUAUUUUUUUAAGUGAAGCACUAAGGAAAAUGUCAGAAUCCCCCAUCUGUGUGGAAAAAAAAUUUGAAAAUAGGCAGCAAAUCUGUGCAUGGAAGGAAAACGGGUGUUUGUUUUGUCACAAUGUCAGAAUCCCCCCAUCUGUGCAUGCUUUCUGGAAUCUUUUUGGUAUGGGGAUUUUACUUCUAAGCAACCAUAAUCGGUUGUGGGGUGACCUGACCGUUGAUGGAUAUGAUGAAUGCUUUUUCUCAAGGACCAUGGAUUCUUGAAGUUAAGGUUUUUUUUUUAAGUGAAUGCUAAGGAAAUGUCAGAAUCCCCCCGUCCGUGUAGAAAAAAAAUUUGAAAAUAGGCAGGCAAAAUCUGUGCAUGGAAGGAAAACUGGUGUCACAAUGUAUAAGCCAAGCCUGAACAUGCUUUCUGGAUUCUUUUUGGUGGGGUGACAUAAAUUGUAUUUGGAUGCUUUUUUGUAUGAUAUGAAACUGACUCCUAAAACAGUCUUGAUUGUAGGGGAAAAGUGGAAAACAUCUUUAUCAUUUUAA